GAAAUGUGGGUUACCGGCGCUGGUCACAACUUUUUCAGCCGCGUAAUGGAUGAUGUACAAUAAGGCUGUGACUCUGACGACACCGUUCUCCUCGUCUGCAACUUCUAUGUGCAGAGCAGGAUUCUCUUUUCCUUUGAAUGUGCAGAUUCCACUAUAUGUGACGUUAUACCACCGCUUUGAUCUAGACUUUUAAGCUCAUAGCUCCUUAGCCUUGAUUUUCAACCCCCCGCAAUCCCCAGUUUCCAUUUUCCAAUUUCCAAGUUCUAGAUUCAAAAUGCGGAUCAAAACACAUCUCAAUAUCUUAAUUGAUAUCCCACGAGAGAUUCGAGACGAAAUAUACGAAUAUGCCUUUCAAACUCCAUUCAAUUGUGUCACUUACCGUUGCACUUUAAACAAUACCUAUAAAAUACUCCCUUAUGAUCCUCAAAACGACGUUUGUCUAUCCAGCUCUUCACUUCCCGCUCUCGGUCUGUUAAGUACUUGCUCUCAAUUAUACAAUGAAGCUAUCGUCUCCCUCUGGAAGGUCAAUAGCCUAGGACUCUGGCCCGCGGAUUUACUUUUUCGGAUGGGGGAUUUGGGUGACGAUGCUUUUAUACAUAUUCAGUCAUUACAGGUGAAUCUCGAUUUGAAUGAUUCCGACGAUUUGAAAUGGGCUGAAAUGUUAUUUUUGAGGAUUGGAGGGAACUCUGGUAUCCGUGAAGACAAAGUCAUGGGGGAAAAUUGGGGUGGUUUGAAAAGCGUUCAAAUCAAUCCCAUGAGAACCGAGGAAAUUAAAAUGGAUGUCAAAUGGAUGCAGAGGGUUUCAGAAGCUAUGGAUUUGCGGUGGAAAAGCGAGGAAUUUCUCACUGGUAUGAACCGAGAUGCGGAUAAACGAUGGAGCUUAUAUUCUCGAUGGAUGAAGCUUCUUCGUAGUGCGGGGACACCGGGCAAUGAUAUGUACUUGGGAGACGGCGUAAAGAGGAAUGUGAGUGUAAACACGGCUUGGGAUGACUGGAUUUAUUGGGACCAGAACGAGUGGCUAAAGAAAUCGCCUCAUGGGGCUGGUCUGGAGGGAAUGGAAGAAGUGAUGAAGGAUUUUAGUGAGACUUUUGGAGGGGAAUUAUGGGCAAAUGGAAAGUUGUGUUAUAAGGAUAAAGUGAGACUCAAGAGGGUUUUUGAAGUAAAACCGGUCGACCUUCUUGGAGUCUAUCCUGCGGCCAGCGAGUGAUGAAUAUUCUAAGGAAUGGAGGGACGAACAACCGUGAGAUUUGAUCUUAGAAAGCCCGCGACUCCGCUCAAUUGUGAUAUAGACA